GGUGUCGCAAUCGCUAUCUACCGAUUGACCUUCCAUCCUCUCGCCAAGUAUCCUGGUCCCUUUCUAGCAAAGAUAUCCGGUAUCGAUAAUAUAUGGUGGGCAUGGAAAGGCAAACGGUACACAAACUUCCUGAAAUGCCACGAGAAGUAUGGUGAGCAGACUCUGUUUCCCCCCAAAUUUCGUGACUGCUGAGCUGAUUCGAAAUUAUUAGGGCCAAUCUAUCGAUAUGGUCCAAACCUCCUCUCCUUCAACACGUCAACCGCUCUAGCGGAUAUCUACGGCCCUAAAGCCAAUGUCCAAAAAGCAAAAUUUUACAAUGCUUUUGUCCAGGGACCACCAAAUGUCUUCAAUGGGAUUGAAAAGAAGGCGCAUGCAACAAAGCGCCGUCUCAUCUCACCCGCCUUUUCUGAACGUGCCCUCAGGUCUUUUGAAGAUUCAUUCCUGGAGAAUAUCCAGAAAUGGUGCUCUCUGCUAAAGGAGAAAGGAGCAAAAGAGACGUUAAAUAUGGUAAGCUGAGCCCAUAGCUCUGGGGUACUCUAUUUGUGUCGAAACAAUUCGUCGGUUGACAUCCGUUUAGGCCGACAUGUCCAUAUACCUUUCGUUCGAUGUAAUGGGCGCACUAGCUUUUGGAAAAUCUUUCAACAUGAUUGGUGGAGAAAAUCGAAGAAUCGUGGGGUUAAUAGAGAGUUCUACUCUAGCUUCGAAUUGUAGUGGAAGUAUGGUAUCUCUACACAACACUUGGUUCUCCAACCUGUUACUUCGCAGGGGCAACCAUGGUCAAAGGAAGGAGGAAUUGGCACAAUACACUAUGGAGCAAGCGGCAGAGAGAAGCAAAGCUGGUGUGUUAAGCGACCGAAAGGAUUUCUUCCACUACCUUCUGGAUGCAAAAGAUUCAGAGACGGGCGAGAUACUCACAUUACCUUCGUUGACACAGGAGGGAAUUACUUUUAUUAUUGCUGGUUCUGAUACAGCCUCCACAACAUUGGCGGGAACUUUCUUUUACCUUGCUCGUAACCCCGACGUGCGUGCGAUUGUGCGAGAGGAAGUACGAAACGAGUUUGAGAGUGUUGAGGAUAUCAGAGUGGGGCCAAAGUUGAACAACUGCGUAUAUCUCAGAGCUUGUAUCGAAGAAACUCUUCGUAUUACACCGCCAGUCCCAGGAGCAAUACCCCGAGAAGUCUUGAGAGGGGGAACUAUGAUCGAUGGACAUCAUAUACCCGCUGGCGUCGAUGUGAGUGUUGCACAUUUUGCGAUCAUGCACAAUCCUCAAUACUAUUCCGAACCUUUUCGCUACAAGCCAGAACGAUGGAUUAUGAAAGACGACACGAACGAGAGGAAGAAGAGAGGCGUGAGCCGAGCUGAAGUAGAGAAGGCCCAGUCAGCUUUCUGCGCUUUUAGCAUUGGGCCUCGAUCGUGCAUUGGCAAGAACAUGGCGUAUAUGGAACUUACUCUGGCACUUGCAAGAGUUUUGUUUCUUUUCGAUUUCGAAUCGGGUGGUGAGUUGGGAGAGGGCAAGUUUGGGGGCGAGGAUAUUUGGGAUAUCCAAGAUCAGUUCAUUGCUUUGAAAGAGGGACCGAUGAUUAAGUUUACUGAAAGAACAUAUUAA